AUGUCCCUCGACGCCCAUUCAAAGACUCUGCUGGGAUUCAUCGAGACUGACAAGAACCGCACGGGUAAUGCCGUCACCUCGAAUGCCUCAAAGGAUAUGAAGAGUCGAACGUGGACCCAUCAAACUGCUCAACGCCACGCAGACGAGACAAUGCCACCCAAACGCCGAGCCAACACGACAGCAGCUCGGGGCAUCAAAAGGCUCCCAGUCGUCGCAGAAUCGAAUGCAGAAGCUGCUGAUUCUCCCCAGAUUACCAGUGUCAUCACGCUCCUCGAAGAGGCGUUGAGCAAACAUCCGUCGACAGCUCGAGGCACGACCACGAAAGGGAACAAGGCUGCUUCUACGGAUCAGAACGAGAGCAUUAUCUACGAAACUCCUCGCUGUGCUCCUCCUCGAAACCGCCGCUCCAGCCUGUUGGAUCUGAAAGACUCUUCCAUUCCAGAUCCAGCUCAGGCAAAAGACGUGGUGAUCCCAGAAGGACGAGCAUACAAGGAGGCUAAAUCCUCUCCACGUGCCGUAGACGUCUCACCUGUCCGCAACAUUUCUCCCCCAGUGUUCAUCCAGGCACCUACGCCAAAUAGCCAUCUCUCUAUCUCGUCAGCAUCAACUACAGAUGGUGUAUCCGACCACAUUGAUCCAGUACGAAUCGCGUCUGUCAAACGGAAACCAGCGCCCGUCCGUACCUUGAGCGAAAUCUCCCGCGAACGCAUCCUCUCAAGGUACAUUGCAACAAAACCGUAUACACCAUCCCUCCUCUCCUUUACAGAAGAUACGACUCCCGCGCAGCGUCUACGUUUCCAUCCAGAUCGUCUUUUCAAGACACGCAACCCGUCUCCGGACGUAAGUGCACUAAGAAAGUCCUCCAUCGAACGCUCUCGACUCGUACGUUUUGGUUUCGUCUUACCUAGCCGCUCACGGGGUGAGUGUGACCGAUCGACGGAACGCGCGAUCAAUCCGUACACGUUUCCCCGUGCAGGAAGUUUACAUCACCUGCGCUCAACGGACACCAAUACGUGGAUGGAAGACUGGUCGCUCGGAUACAUCAACUUGGCCUUUAUCCACAAAACGCUCUUUGCGUUUGAUCUCCGCAUGCGCACAGGUCACGAUCUGUGGGUUGAAGAGGAGCAAGAGAUUUUGGCGUCGUUUGGAAGAAAUCGAGAGUGGGAGACGGAUUGGGAGGUGAGGUGGAGGGUGGCGUCGUGGUUGAUGCACUAUUGCGACGAAGACGAUGAAGAGGAACAGGAUGAAGUCGACCUCUCGUUUGCGUCUGCAUCGUUCCUCAGGCCAGAGCUCGCUUGGGAUAUUGGGUAUUGA